AUGGGAGUUAGAGGUCUCCAGACAUACAUUGAGAACUAUUGUCCCGAUGCUUGCUAUGAAGUGAACAUUAAAGAUUUAAUCGACACGUACAGACGGGAGACUGGAAGACAACCAGUAAUUGUUGUGGAUGGUUCCUGCUGUAUACGUCAUCUUUACGGAUCCUUAGAAUGGAUACUUGGUGGCCAGCUGAAGGAGUUUGUAGAAAAAUUGCAGAACUUUGUAAAAGCAUUGGAGUCCGUGGGAGCAAAGCUCGUCUUCUUCUUUGAUGGGGCAACAAUUGAAAGGAAGAGACCAGUCUGGAUUCAGAGAAGAUUGAAGUCGCUACAGGAUGUAUAUAAAAUUUUUGACUCUCUCAAUAAAUGGAAGAAUUUGUCACUUGUUGAUCAGAGUCUCUUCCAGCUACCACCUGGACUGGCAACACGUUACAUCUUCAAGGAAAUGUGUAAUUGUGAGAUUUUCACAUCGAUACGCGAGUGUGAUGAAGAGAUAGCAGAAUAUGCACGUGACCAUCAGUCCUUUGCAAUUCUUGGCCAAGACACGGAUUACAUUAUUUACGAAGGAGCCCAGUACUAUUUAUCCAUGUUGAAACUGAACCUAUUAACUAUGACUACAUUGAACUACAAUCGCUGGGCCCUGGCAAGACGUCUGGCCAUACAUCCAAAUCAGUUGCCUGUUCUUGCUUCACUGACUGGCAAUGACAUAAUACCUGCUGCUGAUCUCAAGCAAUUUCACAUCAGAAUCUGUCAACGUGUAAGAAGCUACAACACAGACAGUAGGAUUCCUUACAACAUUCUCUUCAGCCAGGUUGCUAGAUUUGUGCAGACACUGCCAUGUGGCCAGGAUCUGUUUCACAUGUUGCCUGCAGUUGCCCACAAGGUUUUUCGAGAUGAACGGAGGGCAGCACAGCUGGAUGCCAGCAUUCGAAGCUACUACACUGAUCAACGACCACACCAGCAGGCUGGAGAGCCUAAAGACCACUGGAACAAGCUGAUGUCUUUGGCAAGAAGACGACAUGUUCACUGUGAAAAUCCACCUGAAGUAUGGUCUGUGAUGAGUGGGCUACUCUAUGAAUGUAGUACAGCGAUUGAAGACUUCAGGGAAAGUGAUCUGCCUCCAGCAGCUUUAGCCCUUCGUCCAUUAAGACAGCGUAUUUAUGGACUUCUUCUUCAUGAGAAACCUAGAAGAAGCCGUGAACCAAUUGUUAUAAGAGAAUGGUGCAUGCAUGGGGAGGACAGCCUUGUACAGCCAGCAUUGGUGCAACCAGUCGACAUUCAAGAUGAUUAUAGUCAUCGCCUGUCAUCAGAUGGGACAGUUUCAGAAAGUAUCCAUGAUGAGAAGAAUGGAAAGAAAAUUGAUACCAGUCUUAUCAGCAGUCCCUUUCAUGCCUCUUGA